AUGACCUCCACACCGUCUCAGCUCGUCGAGUGCCCGAAUUGCCAGCGCACCCUGCCGUAUACCCACCUCAACCCGCACCUCGAUCGCUGCCUCGUUUCCGAGCCGGCAGCCCACGACGGCGCGGAUAGAAAUGGCAGCAGUGGUACCGGCAAGGCCGAGGACGACUCGCAUCCUCCAACUCAGACCGCCACUCUGAGCCGCUCCUUCUUCUCACCCGCUUCGGCCUCGGCGAGCACCCCUCUCAGGGCAAAGUCCAACGGUGCUGGAGCCAGACCGUCCCCCCAGGCAGAGCCUUUCCAUGCACAGCUCCAUGCUCAUCCGACGAAGCGCCAGAGGCUCGAGAGCGACGCCGGCUCCCCUCGGCCCGCCAGUCGCAGCACCCCUGCCAAUGGCGCCGACCUCAGCAGCGGCGCGGCUCAGCGCACCUUCACGAGCCCUGCGCCCCAGGCUCUGCCUCAUCCCCAACAUCCGCAGUCGAGCGCGCGUAGCCGCAUUGACGCCGCCAAGCCCUUUGCCGAACGCAUGCGGCCCCAGAGCCUCGACGACUACGUCGGGCAGGACCAGGUCAUCAACGGACCCCUCAAGAUGCUGCUACGCCAGGGCCGCAUCCCCUCGAUGAUCCUCUGGGGCCCUCCCGGCACGGGCAAGACGACGCUCGCCCGCCUGCUGGCCAAGUCGACCCACUCGACCUCGGACAGCACCGGCCCCUCGAGGAACUCGGCCGCCGCGCACCGCCCGCCGCCCCACCGCUUCGUCGAGAUCUCGGCGACCACGGCGGGCACCGCGGAUGUCAAAAAGAUCAUGGACGAGGCGCUCAAUCGCCUCCAGCUCACCGGUCAGCCGACGCUCCUCUUUAUCGACGAGAUCCAGCGCUUCAGCCGCGCCCAGCAGGACGUCUUCCUGCCAUCGGUCGAAAAGGGGCAGAUUGUCCUGGUCGCCGCCACGACCGAGAACCCUUCGUUUCGGCUGCAGGGCGCGCUGCUGUCGCGGAUGCGCGUCUUUGUCCUGACCAAGCUCAGCGUCGACGAAUGCUGCACCGUGCUGAACAAGGCCAUCGAGCGGGUGAGGCAGGAGCGGCGGAUGGACCACCUAGGCGAAGAGGCCGGCGGCGACGAUGCUGCCGACCCGCUGGCGCACAUUGACGCAGAUCUCGUACGCUGGAUCGCCAACGUGGCCGACGGCGACGCCCGGACGGCGCUCGGAGCGCUCGAGCUCGCCUUUUCGACGACGGACCCAGGGCUCUCGUCUGCCGACAACGUCGACCGGCUCAAAAAGGCCCUGUCGCGGACCGCGCUCCAGUACGACCGGACGGGCGACGGCCACUACGACACGAUCAGCGCGCUGCACAAGUCGAUCCGCGGCUCGGACGCCAAUGCCGCCCUCUACUGGCUGGCGCGCAUGGUGUGCUCGGGCGACGACCCGCUCUUUAUCGCGCGGCGCCUCAUCGUGGCGGCCUCGGAGGACAUCGACUCGCUCGAGGCGCUGCAGAUGGCCACGGCCACGUACCAGGCGUGCCAGGUCGUGGGCCUGCCAGAGUGCGGCGAGAACCUGGCGCAGUGCGUCGUCUUUCUCGCCGAGCGGCCCAAGAGCACGCGCAGCUACCGCGCCUGGAAGAAGGUCAAGGCGUGCGUCGAGGGCGACUACAACCACCCCGUCCCGCUCCACAUCCGCAACGCGCCCACCAAGCUCAUGAAGGACAUCGGGUAUGGCCGUGAAUACCGGUACGAGCCGCGCUUCGCGCACCCCGUGUAUCAGGAGUUUCUGCCGGACGAGAUCAAGACGAGGCGCUUCCUCUCGCCCCCUCCCCGAUCGGAGGAAGACGUGGGCGAGGCAGACGAGGCGUCAGGCGAUGCGGAUGCGCCGUCGUCGUCCGAGGAGGCGCGCAGAUCCGCCUCUGAGCCCGCCUCUGCCGAUGGCCCUGUCGCAGCGCCGACGAAGUUCAGCUCGACGAUGCCCAAGGCGGCGGGCAUCGGUCCGGGGUCUUGCCAGCGGCAGUUUGAGAUCGGCGCGCGCGCCGUCGACCUGGACCUGCUCGACGAGUGGGAGCGGGAACGCAAUGGCGGCAAGCCCUGGAGCGGACGCCGGGAGCUCGAGAGGAUGCUGGCCCGGUUGCAGAACGACGUCGACGCCGCUGCAGUGGUCAAGAAGGACGAGGCGGGUGGCGCAUAG